AUGCAAGGAGGCAAGGUUGCUGUAGGAGGGAUAUCCAUUAUCCUUGUGGUGGGUGUGGCCAUUGGCCUUAUUGCUGGUUUACACGGCAGAGGUGGCCACAAGUCAACUGAUGGGGACGACGAGAAGGUCCUCUCCACCACUACUAAGGCAGUGGCCGCAAUCUGCUCGCCGACGGAUUACAAGCAGCAAUGUAUUAGUAGUUUUCAGACGCUGGCCAAUAACCAUAGCGCCACCCCGAAGGAUUUCCUCAUGGCGGCCAUUGAUAUCACCAUGAAAGAGGUGAAAGAAGCCAUUGGAAAGUCGGAAUCAAUCGGGCUGGCUGGGAACAGUUCUGGUAGGCAGAAGAUGGCUACAGAAGAUUGCCAGGAUUUGUUGCAAUUAGCCAUUGGUGAGCUUCAAGCCUCCUUUUCAAUGGUGGGUGAUGCAGCAAUGCAUACCAUCAAUGACAGAGCGCAAGAUCUCAAGAACUGGUUGAGUGCUGUUAUUUCAUAUCAGCAGUCAUGCAUGGACGGGUUCGAUGAGACACCGGAGGUGAAAAGCGCAAUUCAGAACGGGCUUCUGAAUGCCACUCAGCUCACCAGCAAUGCCCUGGCCAUUGUUUCUGAGAUUUCUGCAAUCCUCACCUCAUUCAACAUCCCCUUGAACUUCACUUCAAGCUUCAGGCGACUCCAGGAAGCCACUGAGGAAAGUGACCAGUACCCGUCAUGGUUUUCGGCUGCAGACAGGAAACUAUUGGGGCGUGUUGACAACGGCAAAGUGACGCCUAAUGCAGUGGUGGCAUUGGAUGGGAGUGGACAAUAUAAAUCCAUUGGUGCAGCUCUUGCUGCCUAUCCUAAGAACCUCAAUGGGAGAUAUGUGAUAUACGUGAAGGCCGGGAUUUACGACGAGUAUAUAACUAUUGAGAAGAACCUGGUCAAUAUUUUCAUGUAUGGAGAUGGACCCAGAAAGACCAUGGUGACAGGGAAAAAGAGCUUCCUCGAUGGCAUAACCACCUACAAGACUUCCACCUUCUCGGUCAUUGGAAACGGGUUUAUAUGCAAGUCCAUGGGAUUCCGGAACACGGCAGGGCCAGAGGGGCACCAGGCGGUGGCUCUGCGAGUGCAGUCGGACUAUUCAGCCUUCUUCAACUGCAGAAUGGAUGGGUACCAGGACACCUUGUACGUGCAGGCGCAUCGCCAGUUCUACCGCAACUGUGUCAUCUCCGGGACUGUGGACUUCAUCUUUGGCGAUUCUACUACACUCAUCCAGAACUCGUUGAUCAUAGUGAGGAAGCCGCUGGACAACCAGCAGAACACAAUCACUGCACAUGGAAGAGCAGAGAAGCGUGAGACCACAGGGCUGGUGAUCCAGAACUGCAGAAUUGUCCCAGAAGAGAAACUUUUUCCUACAAGAUUUAAAACCCCAUCAUACCUGGGCCGCCCGUGGAAGGCAUACUCAAGGACUGUGGUCAUGGAAUCCACCAUGGGAGACUUCAUCCACCCAGCAGGAUGGCUACCAUGGAUGGGCAACUUUGCACUUGACACAUUGUAUUAUGCCGAGUAUGCUAACAAAGGACCCGGUGCCAACACGGCUCAGAGGGUUAAAUGGAAGGGUUAUAAGGUGAUCACCAACAGAAAUGAGGCUCUUCAAUUCACUGCCGGCCCUUUUAUCCAAGGUAACGAGUGGUUGAGACUCACCGGUGCACCUUACUUCCUCGGUUUCAGGACCAUGUAGAAAGAACACCCAUUUCUGUGAGGAAGAAUUGUAGGAUGAGAGGAUGGAUGCUGCACAUUCCCAUUCCCACCUAUUCUUAUAUCUAGUACUGUUAAGCUGUGAAUCACUUCACACUUUUCUUUACCUUUUUGUCAUUACUCGAUUACCAAUUUGUUGUAAGCGUCCUCUUUUUUCUCAAAUAAAGUUGUU